AUGAAAAACCAUUCCCGCUUAUUCAUCCUCCUCAUCCUACCGUUAAUCCUCCUUCUCUCCGCCACAAAAGCCCAAGCCCAAGCCCGAAACCAAACCAACGACUUCACAGAUCCAAAUUUCAAACAAUUCAGCCCUUCCUUUGCUAUAAUCAUAGUCAUCUUAAUCGCUGCUCUUUUCCUCAUGGGCUUUUUCUCCAUCUACAUCCGUCGCUGCUCCGACUCACCUUCUUCCAACGGCGGUCUCCCCAUCAUCAACGGUCGUCUAGGUAUCACAACUCGUGGACUCGAUUCAUCAGUAAUCGAGACUUUCCCGAUUCUCGAAUACUCCGAAGUCAAGAUCCAUAAGAUCGGAAAAGAGGUGCUCGAGUGCGCUGUUUGUUUAUGCGAGUUCGAAGAUACCGAAACGCUGCGUCUGAUUCCCAAGUGUGAUCACGUUUUUCACCCGGAGUGUAUCGACGAGUGGUUAUCUUCGCAUACCACAUGUCCCGUUUGUCGCGCGAAUCUCGUUCCGGAACCUGUUGACUCAGUUCACGGUAAUCCCGAGUCAAACAACGAGUCACAACAUCAAGAUAUUGAAGCUCAAAACGACGAAGUUCAAGCACCAGUAGAGGAACGAAACGCGGAAGCUGAUCCAGUUUUGGUUCCUCCGGAGGUGAUUUCGUUGGAGAAAACGCUGAAUAGGAAUCGAACGCGUGGAUCUCAGUCGAACCGGGCGCGUCGUUUUCCGAAGUCGCACUCGACCGGUCAUUCGUUGGUUCAACCGGGUGAGAACACGGACCGGUUCACCUUGAAACUGCCUUUUGCGGUGAGGAAACAGUUAAUGAACCGGCAGUUACAACGGACGAGUAGUUUGAUUACGUUACCACGAGAAAGUAGCUCGAGGCAUGGUUACCGAACCGGUGAAGGAAGUAGUAAAGGAAAGAGUUCGAGCUGGGUGGACCGGAGUUUUAAAUCAGACCGGUGGGUUUUUACUAGAGCACCGUCGUUUUUGGCUAGGGCAUUGUCGUUUAGGUCACCAAAGCCAAAGGUCAAUAAUAGCGACGAUGAAGGAACUUCUUCUGCUACUGCUCCUAUCAUGCCGUCAUCUGCCGUUGAUUCUGCCCGCCGUUAA